AUGUUUUUGGAACAACAUUUGCAAUAUGUUCAAUCUUACCCCAAGUUCAGUGCUCUCUUCAAACGUGUCUCUUUCUUUCGAAUGUGGCCUAUAGAUGUUAGAAAAUGUAGGUUUCAGAUGCUUGAAACAGUGUGGCACAAGAUGAACUCAAGGCUUCUUCUCGAUACUCAGCUAAGACUGCGUCGUUUUGGCAGUAGAGAAUCCUAA